UCUUAAAAUCACGUGACCACGUAUACAUUAUAUAUAUAACAUGUGAUAUAAUGUCAAUAGGAAGGUUGUCAAGAAUACUAUUAAACAUGGAGAACCUCACGAAAGCGUCGUUAACCGCUUUGAAAGAAUCAAAAUACGUUAAACCAUUAACAUUAUCCUUCGAACAAAAUGGUACUCAGAGAACAUGGGACUUCCUGGAAGUCCACGAUAGUGUUGCCAUCAUCAUAUACAACGUGAGUAACAGCAAAUUGGUGUUCGUGAAGCAGUUCAGGCCACCAGUUUAUGUUAUGAGUAUACCUGCAAGUGAACGUACAGAUAACAUCGAUGUUAAAAAGUACCCAGCCCAUUUGGGUUUCACCCUCGAGCUUUGCGCUGGUAUCGUUGAUAAGAAGCUCAGUUUAGCGGAAAUUGCGUCUGAAGAAAUAUUGGAGGAAUGUGGUUAUAAGGUUCAUCACAACCAAUUAGAGAGGGUUUCUAGUUACAGGUCUGGUGUAGGAACCACUGGAAGUGAACAAACCUUGUAUUACUGUGAAGUCACAGAUGAGAUGAAGGAGAAUAAGGGUGGUGGAGUUGAAGAUGAGAUCAUUGAUGUGAUUGAGAUGUCUGUUCCAGAAAUUAGAGAAUUUAUGAAGAAAGAACAUAUUUUGAGUCCACCAAGUUUUCUGUAUGCCAUGCAAUGGUUCCUUGCCAAUAAACAAGUUUAAACUUUAA